AUGUCGACCUCAGCACCCGGCCCCAACGCUUCCAUCGCCAACAAGAUCAAGUGGCUCUAUCAAGGCACCGAACGACCAAGCACAUACCCAACCGAAGCGGACAACCUUGAGAAAGAAGUCAAGAACCUCACCGUCAAGGACGAACAACCCAGUAUUGAAGAGCAAAUCAAACUCAAGAUGCCCGUCCAUCCAGCUGAAGAGAAUGCCACUGGCACCAAGGAGUCCUCCGACAGCAACGCUUCGACGCACGAGCUGCACGACAGCAAGGAAGCUAACGAGGCUACCUCGGGCGGCGCCGCGCAUGCGAACGCACACAAGGCGAACCCGGGACCGGUGCAUGCGGAUAAUCUGCCAACCCCAGAGAGCAAGGCGGAUUUGAAGAAGAGGGCAGAAGAGUUGAACAAAUAG